GGUGGGAUUACCGGUGGCCUGGAGGUGUCACGCUGUCGUUAUCUGGCGAGCGGAGGCCGGGAGGGAAGGCAAUUUUAAAGCAGAAUACAGCUGUGAUGCACAUUUGUUUGAUGAAGAAGGCAUCAUAUUUUCAUAGUCCCACUGCAAAAUUAGCUUCAUUAAAAAGUAAGAAAAAACAUGACAGGAAAAGCAAGUGCAGAUGAUUUUCAAGUUCAGGAUUUUCUGAAAAAGAAGAAGAAGAAAAAAAAGAGAAAAUACAAAGACUAUAGGGAACACGAAAAUGAUGAAAGCAAAAGCAUACAGGCUGCAGAGCUUUGCUCCGCUUCUCCACCUCUGCUUGAAGAUCAAACAGCACAGAAUGGUGAAGGCUUUAAAAAGAAGAAAAAAAAGAAGCAGGAGAAGCAGCAGUCUUUGUUAGGUAAUUCUUGUGUAGAACUGGAAAGUGACAUUGGUAAUGAAACUGGAGUGGAUGCUUCCCAAAAGAAAAAGAAGAAAAAGAAGUGGAAGCAUAAUGAUAAUACGGAUGAAGAAAGUAAUGCUGUAUCUUGUAUCGCAGUAAAUCGGAGUUGCUCUGAUAUUUGUCGUGAGAUUGAUGCUGAUUACGUUUAUUUAAAACUACCUGUGAAGAAAAAAAGAAAACAAAAGUUACCUGAAGAGGAUGAGGUGGGUGAGAUGCCUGAAUGCAUUUAUUUAGAACCACAUGUAAAGAAGAAGAAAAGAAAAGAGAAAUUACCUGAAGAGGGUGAGGUAUGUGAGAUGCCCAAAUCUGUUUAUUUGGAACCACCUGUAAAGAAGAAAAGAAAAGAGAAAUUACCUAAAGAGGAUGAGGUAGCUGAGCAGCCUGAAUGCAUUCGUUUAGAGCCACAUGUAAAGAAGAAGAAAGGAAAAGAGGAAUUACCUAAAGAGGAUGGGGUAGCUGAGCUGCCUGAAUGCAUUCGUUUAGAGCCACAUGUAAAGAAGAAGAAAGGAAAAGAGGAAUUACCUAAAGAGGAUGGGGUAGCUGAGCUGCCUGAAUGCAUUUGUUUGGAACCACAGGUAAAGAAGAAGAAAAGAAAAGAGAAAUUACCUAAAGAGGAUGGGGUAGAUGAGCUGCCUGAAUGCAUUCGCUUAGAACCACAGGUAAAGAAGAAGAAAAGAAAAGAGAAAUUACCUGAAGAGGAUGAGGUAGGUGAGCUGCCUGAAUGCAUUUAUUUAGAACCACCUUUAGAGAAGAAGAAAAGGAAAGAGAAAUUAUAUGAAGAGAAUGAGGUAGGUGAGCUGCCUGAAAGCAUUUGUGUAGAGCCACCUGUAAAGAAGAAGAAAAGAAAAGAGAAAUUGCCUGAAGAGGAUGCGGUAUGUGAAAUGCCUGAACCUGCUUAUUUAGAACCACCUGUAAAGAAGAAGAAAAGAAAACAAAAAUUACCUAAAGAGGAUGAAGUAGGUGAGCUGCCUGAAUGCAUUUAUUUAGAACCAUCUGUAAAGAAGGAAAGAGAAGAGGAUGAGGUACAUGAGCUGCCUACCUCAGAAACACAUGGCAAAAAUGGCAGUAAAAGGUCAAAAAGCAAGAAGAAAACAUGCAGCAGUACCCUAGAUAUACAAGAAGAAGCAGAUGUAACUGUUGACCAGUCACUGUUGUCACCUGCAGAGCAAAACAGGCAAGGGAAAGGCACAGAGCUGCCAUUAGCUACAGAAUCGGAUGGUGUGGCAUCGUCCCAGCAAUGGCAUGAAGAUGGUGACUGUGAUGCUUCUGCCAGGAGAGAAGAUUCUAUGGAUGUACCUGCUCAUUUGUCUAAGCUAACUAAAGCAGCUAAUCAGCCUCCUAAAAAUUCUCCAAUGCGCUCUAAGAAGAUAAAAAGUAGAGCUUUUAUCGCAGAGGAAAGCUCUUCAGAUUCUGAUGUAAUGACAACAGAACUAUUGGCAUCAAAUAGAAGGGAGGACCAGAAUAGUUCCCUUACUAGAACAGUAACCACAGAUGAUGGCAGUGUGGAUGAUGAUGAAGAGUACCUGAACUCUAACAUGUGUGCAAUCACGGAUUUGGAUACUGCAAAACAGGAACUGGAAGAGUUUAUUCCUCAUGUGAGGAAUAUAUCAGACAGUUCAGUCAUGAAGAUGGCUGGAAGAGACCUAAUGAGGUUUAAGGAGUUUAAAAAACAAGGUGUUGCUGUCAGGUUUGGCAGAUUUUCCCAGAAGGAGAAUAAUCAACUCCGGAAAAAUAUUGAAGAGUUCUUAGAAAUGACUGGGAUAGAUAGUGCUGAGAAAGUCCUGUUUACGUCAAGGUAUCCAGAAGAGAAACAAAACAUCAAUCGCUUAAAAGUAAAAUACCUGUUUUGUGAAAAACUUUCUGAGGGCAUACCGCGACCCUGGAGGCUGAUAUAUUAUCGAGCAAGGAAGAUCUUUGACCCAAAUAAUUAUAAAGGGAGGUACACUGAUGAAGAAAAAGAAAAAUUGAAGAAGUAUUAUGCUCUGCAUGGCAAUGAUUGGAAGAAGAUUUCUGAGAUGAUGUCCCGUUCUAACCUCUCAGUUGCUAUGAAAUACUCUGAAAUCAAAUCAGCUACUAAUUAUGGCCCUUGGUCAAAGGAAGAGAUCCAGAAGUUAAUGCGUGCAGUGGAGGAGGUGAUUAGGAAAAGAAUAAAAGUGAAAGAUGGAAAUUCAAAUAGAGAGAUCUUAAUUGACCGUGAGAAACUGUACCAGAAAUUACCAUGGUCUGAGAUUGAAACUAAAGUGGGAACUCGCUAUUGGAGACAAUGUAAACAGAAAUGGAUUACAAUUUUAACAAACAAGUUGAACAAAGGACAGCAGUUAUGUAGGGGGACCAAAGGAUUACAAGCCAAAAUCAAUCUUAUUAAAAGGUUAUAUGAACUGAACGUGGAGGAUCCUAAUGAAGUAAACUGGGAAGAACUUAGUGAUACUAUUGGAGAUGUCCCAAAAGCCUAUGUUCAAGCAAAAUUUUAUAAGCUAAAAGUCUCCUGUGUCCCUUUAUGGCGAAGAAAAACUUUUUCUGAAAUUAUUGAUUACCUUUAUAAAAAGAAACUUCCAGAACUUGAAGAAAAGCUUAAAAAGGAGAAGGGCGAAAACCUUAGUCCUGACAACUCAGAACCUGGGCAACGGAAGAAGGCUUUCCUACUCAGUGACAUUUUUGACACCAGUGAAGACAGCGAUUAAUUGACUGCCCUAAAGACAGUCCCUAGUGUGCACAUUGAACUGUAAAAUGGAUGUGGUUGAAAGUGGGCAGAGACUAACAACUGCAGGUACACAGGAUACCUAGUGAUGGAGAAAGUAAAGAUAAGUGUGUCUGAUUCUCUUGUUUCAUAUUGAAGGCAGGUAAAUACAGUUUAAGCAUUCAACUUUCUGAAUGUCUCAAAGCCAGUAUUUUUCCACUACUUUGUUUUCUGUGGAGUUGAAAGCUGCUCUUUAGCAUUUAUGCAUAAGCUCAGUUUUCAGAAUUUUAAUAUGUUUAAAGUAAUUUUUUAAAAUAUCAGUGACUUAAAAAAGGACUUUCAGUUUGCUUUUAAGUCUCUGUAAUAAACAAAUCUUGAUUAUCUGUUUUAAUGGAAACAGCACAACUUUGAGUUGUUUUGGGGUUGUUUUUUUAACAGGUAUAUUGUUCUUAAAAGCAACUGAUUUUUAUUUUUGAUAGAGACUGACACUAUUAUCAGCCUUGUAGAGAAAAUGGAUUUUUGCCCAUUGCUAUUCAGAAAUGAUCUCAUUUCAUGCAAAGCAGAACAAUGCAUUUCAAAUGUUUUUAAUACUUGGAAUACAGAGACAAAAUAGUGUGUGUAUAUAGAUAUUUAUACUUUUAUUGUGCCAAGGAGAGUUUCUACAUUUUGAUAAGAAAAUUGAGGGGUAAGAUGAGGUUGUAUUCAUGGCUUUGUAUGAUACAUCUGUCUGCCUAGAAUCGUUACGUGUACAUUGACUGACUGAAUGUAAAAAAACAGCCCAAAAGUCUUCCUGGUCCUGUAAAGUAUUUGUACAGUUUGUUUAUAUUUCCUGUAUGCUGUAUUAAAAAGUAAGGCAGGUGAACUUGGUCUCUGGCAUACUGCUUUUUGAUGCUCAUUUGAAUAAGUGAGAAUUUCCUUCUUUAAUAAUUAUCAUUGACUUGUAGCAAAGGAUGUUAAUUGAGAACUUCCCAUGUUACCUGUGUCUGCCUUUAGUCUCUCUGAAGAUACAAACUAGUGUGAUUCUUGUGAGACAGGCAGGACACCCCAGGAGAUCAGCCACUCGUUGAAGGGUAAGUUUUCCAGCCAGGAAAUGAAAUGGGGCUGGCAGGGUGGGAGGAAGGAAACAUAUACCAGCUGCCUUGAAUUUAGGUCUUUGCCUUGUGUCUGUUGCCUUGCAGGUUUGAAGGUUAAAAGCUGAAGAGCUGUAAGUUUGUAUUUUCAAGAUGCUUCUUUACUUGCAAGGUGGAAAUCCUCUGAAUCUUCUUGCGUGGUUACAGAGUUUGUAGAGUAGAUCUCAUGGAAAUAAACUUCUAGCUGCAUAA